AUGCUUUUUUGGUUUGCGGAUUUGGUUCGUGUUGUGAGAGGGGUUAAAAAGAAGAAGAAUAAGAAGAAGAAGAAGGAUAAAAAGAGGAAUCAAGAGAGGAAUAAGAACAGUAAUCAAAAUAAGAACAAGAAUAAGAGGUUGCUAGACGUUUUCAAUCCUCUUAAGAAGAAACGAAAGAGGAUUUUGAGAGAGGGGAAGUUUGGGCUUGGAAAGUUGGGAUAUUUAAGACGCUCGAUACAUUUGGGAAAGUCGAAAAUGCCUCCAGCUACGAGGAAGAGAAAGCUUGCUGAUCAGGGAGAAGGAGAGGUGAAUGAUAAGGGAGGGGCAGGCGCAGCGCAGAAAUAUUAUGCGGUUAGGAAGGGGAAGAAAACGGGGGUGUUUACCAAUUGGGAUGAUUGUAGGGAGCAGAUUACCGGCUUUGCAGGGGCUAUGUGUGAGUUUUCUCUUAUCCUAAGAGGGAGGGAGAAGAGAUAA